AUGCCACUGGACACUCCCCGCACCGGGAGGACGCCGCUGGACAGUCCCCACACCGGGGGGACGCUGCUGGACAGUCCACACACCGGGAGAACGCCGCUGGACAGUCCACACACCGGGAGGACGCCGCUGGACUGUCCCAACACCGGGGUGACGCCGCUGGACAGUCCUCCACACCGGGAGAACGCCGCUGGACAGUCCCCAAACCGGGAGGACGCCACUGGACAGUGGCCACACCGAAGGGACGCCUCUGGACAGUCCCCACACCGAAGGGAUGCCUCUGGACAGUCCCCACACCCGGGGGACGCUACUGGACAGUCCCCACAAUGGACUGAUGCCGCUGUACAGUCCCCACAAUGGACUGAUGCCGCUGGACAGUCCCCAUACCAGGGGGACGCCGCUGGACAGUCCCCACACCGGGAGAACGCCGUUGGACUGUCCCCACACCGGGGGGAAGCCGCUGGACAGUCUCCACACCGAGAGGACGCCGCUGGACAGUCCCCACACCGAAGGGACGCCGCUGGACAGUCCCCACACCAAACGGACGCCGCUUGA